AUGCUCGGGAGCGGCUCAGCGCAGGGGACUGUAGACAGCAGGUUGGAGAAUAUCAGACCAAUCUUCACUUUCACGUGUGCUCAAGACUCUCUCCUAGAACCUUUCUUUUUGGUGGAUCCUCUCGACUUUCUCAUGAAUAGAGAAAGUGACGUGGAAGAAGCUUCGGGGGCAGUAGACUCCACCCCUGGUCACAACGAGCCGCCAUGUGACGCGCAAGACGCAGCAAUGCUACAUCUAUCAAUCGACAUGUUCUCUGAUGCCUCCGAGACUCAGAGUCCUGAGGACUGCAUCAUGGACAGUACCGACAGCCCAGGCAUCCCACAGCCAACAAUGGAAUGGAGUUGGGGGGACUCGAAGCCGGUAUCGAUGGCUACAGUACUGUCAGUGCAAGAAGCUUCUCUACAGCAUUCGAGCACAGCAAUCUACUCACCACAAGCAGAUAGCGAGCCCUGCUUUGAUCAGGAAGAAAAACGAAGGCUAGCGGAGAAGAAGCAGCGCGUUCGCGGCUCCCAGAAGGAGCUUCUAAGGCAGCUCGACGCCUUCCUCCCUCCUCUCGACGCCGGGGAGGCCCGGCAGCCGCGAGCGCUGACGCCGUCUGGGCGAUCGCUGUUCCAGAUCCUCGAGGGGGCCUCGAAGCUCGUCAGGUCCUACAUGUCGGGGGUGUCGUCGGACACGGUUCGGGAAGGUGAGCGGGAGCACUGGGAGGGAAGCGCUCGGGCUAAAGGGUCGACCAGGGAUGCGGCGAGCGGGAUGCAUGCUCGUGGUGGAGGUCGAGACGGAGACAGGAGCGAUCCGGUAGGGCCACGAGAGGAGAGGAAGGGGGAGGAGCUGACAGGGAGGCUUGCGAUGGGCAGGUGGAUGGGGCGAGGGAUGCGGGAGUACGUGGAGGCGGCGCCAUGGUACGGGGACCUCAAGGAGGAGGUGACGCUGGACCUCCUGGUACACCCGGCAGAGCAGGAGCGGCUUGGACGAUACCUCAAGGCGGCGACGAGGUCGACUAACCGAGUGCCUUGCGAGAUGUUCCGGAUGUGUCGAUACCGGGCAGAGGAGGCGAGGGGCGUGAAGGGCCAUGGGGAGACGUCUCGGAGGAGCCGAGGGGAGAAGGGAGGAGGGAAGGCUGCAAGGAUGCAGUACGAGGUGGUGCGAUGGAAGGCGUUCCGGGGAGAGAAGAAGCCUGGGGGGAGGAAGCAGCAGCAGGGGGCAGGGGCGGUUGUGCUACUUGUGGGGGUGCGAUCGAGUGGAGCAGUGUGCUUCUAG